AUGCAAAGGUCAAGAUCAAGGUCCGCGGAGGAGGUUGCCGGAAGCAUAGACACUCUGGGGGAGAUCCUUCUCCGGCUGCCGGCGAAACCGCUACUCCGAUUCAAGUGCGUCUCAAAGCAGUGGCUUGCUCUCAUCUCUGACCCACGAUUCUGCUACUCCCACACCCUUCACCACCAAACCCCUUCUGCCCUUCUUCUUCCCGACAUGUGUUCUCCCGCACCAUUAUCUCACUUACACAUCGUCCCUUUGACCACAACCCCCACCGUGCGUGUUUUGAAUCUUAAUUUCCUCGACCAUCCUGAGGUUUCUGUCGUCCGUUCAUGCAACGGUCUUCUCCUCUGCCACGGUUGCUCCAGCUACUUUGUCUGCAAUCCAACCACAAGAAAAUUUGUCGCUCUCAAUUUCCCAAACCAACAAUUCAGGAACCAAGUAAGUGCUCUUUAUCUAGCUUUUGACCCUUUGAGAUCCCCCCACUUUCAAGUCCUUUCAAUUCGGGUAUUGGGUAGCCAGAACUUUCAGGCACUGUGUGUGUUCAAUGAAUAUUCCUCGAGGACCCGUUCCUGGUGUGAUCCUGGGGUUUCUUUCAUUGCCCAAUCCAAAGUGAUUCCUGGUGCUGGGGUUUACUGCAACCGUGCUAUUCAUUGGUUCUACGAUGCUCUGAGUUCUGUGUAUUUUGAUAUUGAUAGUCAGUGUUUGAAAGAUUCGCCAUUGCCUUUGCCUGAUGAGGGAUGGGGCAAUCGAAUAUUCGAGUAUUUUGGCGUUUCUGGGGGGCGUUUGCAUUUGAUAUUUACUGUGCAAACUUUGAAGUUUGAUAUUUUGGAGUUGAAGGAAGAUAACUCUGUGUGGUCAUUGAGACACCGUGUUGAUCUUAAUCCCAUGAGAAUUGAAUUUCCCGAGCUAUGUCGUUUGAAUUUGGCUAAUUAUGUCCUUCCGGUUUAUAUUGUUUGCCCUACAAUAGAAGAAAAUUCAAUGUUGGUGUUGGUUGUAGGUGGGACAACCAUAUCCUAUAAUCCGUUAAAUCACACUUCAAGAAAAUUAUGUGAUUUUGAGCCGGAUAUGGGAAAGGUUGAUGCAGUAGCUUGUUAUAUGUUGGGUAAAUGUUUUCAAUAUUUUGAAAACCUUUCUUCGGUUGAAACUUUUGCUGCUUAUUAAUAAAUUUAUCGAUGCAAUGAAAACUGCCACUAACGUUUUGUAUGUGGAAAACACUUUGGACUCUACUGCUCAGCAGAGGGCUCUUUUUGCAUUGGUCUUCAUCUUGUAUGUGGAAAACACUUUGGACUCUACUACUCAGCAGAGGGCUCUUUUUGCAUUGGUCUGCAUCAUCUUGAUUCUUGAAAGCUUUAUGACCGACCUCCUUACUUGUCCUCCUCCAAUAUUACAACAUCACCAAUUUUCACAAGAACUACUACAUGGGCUUUUGAAUUUUUCAUUCUUAUCAUGGGUGGUGGAUCCAUCUUGUUGGGCAAAAUUUAGGUAUUUUCAUUUCCACUAACUCAAAGAUUGGUAGGAUAUUUGAUAAUGGAAAGCUUUUGAUGAGGAUCAAGGAACAUUAUCUCCUUGUUCAAAUGAUUGGAUUGAGGAAUGAAUAAAAAACAGAUGAGGAUGGUUAGGGUGGAGAUCUCUAGUGGUAUAUUUGGGAUUGCAGACUUGUAUGCUUGGAUGCCUUGUGAAUAGAGCUAGUAUAUAUCAAUGUAUGCUUGCUAUCUUGCAUCUAUGUGGGCUAGGGUGCACUCCUAUUUGUUGUUAGUUAUCCAUAAUGUCUGCACUGCAGUCCCUAUUUUUAUCACAUUAGCCACUAUGUUUAACUUUGGUAAAAGCUUGAUUUGGUAUGUCAAUGUUUUAAGAAUGGUCUCAUAUCUGUAAGAUGGCUUGAAGCAUCACAUGGCCACUAUACCUUGUGCUGGUGGUUUGGAAUUGAACUCUUUACCAAUUAGUUAUCACUGAUUGUAUGUUAAGGACCAACAUUGUUUGGUGGAGGUUGAAAUAUGAUUUUAUAUCUUUAUCUAAUGGAGAAAAGCUAUAAGUAGGGUGGAAGGUUAAAUCCGUUGUUAUUCCUAUGU